AUGUAUUUUCGACACACCAUUGCAUACAUCAACGCUCUGACCCGUUUCGAUUCUUCCUUCAUAGAGAAACUUUCGUGCAGAAAAGUAUGGGCAUCACCGGCUCGGCCGGAUGAUUACUUGAGACGAUCGGUGUUGGUAGAGCUAGGCAAGGUGAUUGGAGAUUACGACCUCUCAGCAGAUCUUGUCAGUGAAUGUUUUGAGACCGCAGAUGUGGCUCCAACUAUCCCAGUUCAGACUUUCAUCACUGCGGCCAGUCUCGCUAAAAUGCUGCGGGAGGGCACAAUGGAUGGCAUCGAGAAGGGCUUCAUCGAGAAUUACUACGAUUGA